GAAGUAACACUGAUGACGCAGGCAUGGAGAGUCCGCAAGUCAGAUGAUUUUGUACAUAAUGUUCACGGACUUUGCGAACACUCAAACAUAAAUGGUGUCAACAACUACAAGAAGAAGAGCUUUGCGCGUAUAUUUGUAACGACUACAUAACAGAGGUGGCUGUAACAAAGGGUUGGUCAAUCUGUUCAUUCUUGCUGAUCAGGCAGCCUUCAAUUUUUCAUUACAACAUUUAGCUUACAGCAAUUAGUGACACUUUCAUUUCGACCCCAGUAUUCUAUUCUUAGGUUUGAUCUGAACCGAACCCACACAGUCUCGGAAUGGACGCAAUCCUUGAACGGAAUAAAUUAUGAAAUCUCGGGUUGUUUUUAUCUCCAUGUUGCUGCAGUUGUGUUUUCAAUAUAUUUAUGGCUUGGGCUCCGGAGAGUCUGGUACCGGGGUAGUUCCGUCUCCAGACCGAUCCCCUGGCGGUGCUGACCUGCGCUCGUCCGUGGGUACUAUGGUGGGCACGCACUUCGAGAUGUUCCAUCAGGGAAACACAGACAAGUGUGCCAUAGUGAUGAACCUGAGUGCUGUUGAUCGCUGUGCGUUUGUGAAGACCACCCCAGACUGCAGUAUGGAAGACAGCUUCAUCAACUACCUCAAGAUGACCUUCUGUCUACUACCACCCGAACUCACACCCCUCACCAUCACACUCUGUAUUAUUUGGUUGUUGUUCUUGUUCAUAGUUCUGGGACUGACUGCAUCAAAGUUCUUCUGUCCCAACCUCUCAGCCAUCUCCUCCUCCCUUCGACUCACACACAACGUGGCUGGUGUUACGUUCCUGGCGCUAGGUAACGGAGCCCCAGAUGUCUUCAGUGCCACAGUGGCCUUCUCCCAUCCACACACUGCUGGCCUGGCUAUAGGAGCACUGUUUGGAGCGGGUAUCUUCGUAACCACUGUGGUUGCCGGGGCUGUGUCAUUGGUCAAACCCUUCACUGUGGCGUCCCGCCCCUUCCUGCGUGAUGUCAUCUUCUACAUGGCUGCUGUCUUCUGGACCGUCGUCAUCCUCUACAGAGGAACUAUAUCACUGGGAGAGACACUGGGGUACCUGGGGCUAUAUGUGGUGUAUGUGAUAACAGUCAUCGCGAGUGCCUACAUCUACAGUCAUCAGAAACACUCAGCGACCAGAAGUUCCAUCCAGAGCUCAACACAUGUACCAGAGUUCCAGUCGUCUGACUCCGAUGAUGAGGCAAUUCUUAUAUCUAAUAGCAGCAUCCAGGAGGACUACGACAGUGAGUACUGUCCCCUGCUGCCCUACUGUGAAUCAACCAGUUCCAUCCUGUUGAGUUCUCUCAACCCGGUGGACAGCAGGAUCUGGAGGAGGAAGUCCUGGCGCUGGAGGGCCAUCAAAAUAGUAAAGAUGCCACUGGAGGUUCUGCUGCUGCUGACUGUUCCCGUGGUGGAUCCUGAUAAAGAAGACAGGAACUGGAGAAGACCAUUAAACUGCCUCAACCUGAUCACCGCACCACUGGUGUGUGUGCUCACCUUCCGUUCUGGAGAGUACGGGAUGUAUCAGAUCGAGGAUCAGUUUCCUGUCUGGGCGUUGACGUUGCUCUUUGGCCUCUUCCUCUCCGCCAUAGUCUUCCUCACCACCACCAACAACCACCCCCCACCAUACCACUCACUGUUCUCUCUGCUGGGCUUUGUGGUGAGUGCGAUAUGGAUCAGUGCUGCGGCUUUGGAGGUGGUCAGUAUCCUGCACAUGCUCGGUGUGGUCUUCAGUCUGUCCAACAAUUUACUGGGCCUCACACUGCUGGCCUGGGGAAACAGCAUAGGGGAUAGUUUUUCUGACGUCACCAUCGCUCGCCAGGGAUACCCUCAGAUGGCAAUAUCAGCCUGCUUUGGGGGAAUCAUCUUUAACAUGCUGAUUGGAGUGGGCAUUGGCUGUCUGAUGCAGAUGUUUAACAACGAGCCAGUGGUGACGUUUCCACAUGAUUGGACUGGUAUUACCCUAUUUCAACCCCCCCCCCCCCCGCCCAGUUUGAACCUGCAGGUUUGUUGACCUGGGUUCUAGCAGGUUCUCUGGGUCUCUCUCUGGUCCUCUCCUUCAUCCUAGUUCCUCUGCACUGUUUCCACAUGGGCCGGUCCUAUGGAAUCUUCCUCCUGCUCUUCUACGCGGUCUUCCUCCUCGUUGCGCUACUCACUGAGUUUGGCUUUAUCCACACCGGAAGCCUGUAAGGGAUGGACCAGCCUGGUGGAGCUGCCUGUGAGUACUGACAAGACUGUCUGAGACCUGAGUGACUUAAAGCCAAUAACACUGGGCCUUAAUUGAAUUGGAGCAAAUCACCUUGUGGCUUUACUUUAGUCUGUUUGCACUGACUGUAUUUUUAUAUUUAGAUUGCUAUUAGCUGUUACUUGAGAACAGCUUCUCUUCCUGGGGUCCACACAAAACAAUUAUACAGAAAUGACUGUGGGGACAAUUGUUCUUACAGGCAACAUCCCGUGAAUCUUAUGUGAAAGCAACACUGUUUUAAAAGUAACCCAUAUACCAACAAGGAGAAGAAUUAUCUCCUUUAAAUCAAUGUGAAUGCAGUGUCUCCUAUCUUAGCGAGACACACUGCUAUAUGUAAUGGUUGUGAGUAAAUUGUCAAAUGUGCUCUACGCGUUUUAUGGCAUAGAAAUACCUAUAUAGUUCUAACUUCUGAAACAUGAAACAGUAGGGCGCAGCUGUUAAAAUGAUUUGAAGAUGGCCCUAAACAAGCUACUUUACGUAGUAGCUUCAAACAUUGUUUAAAAAAUGUUUUAUUAAGAAAUAGUUUUCUUUACUAUGACAGAUGUAUGAUAGAUAUAGAGGUAACACAUUACUGCCCCUGAUAGAUAUUUGCACCUUUGGUAAAGGAUGCUGUUAGGAGAACUUUGUCUGGACUGUGUGUAUAUGUGUUAAAGGAACUGAGCUCCAGGUAGAUCACAAGUCCCUAGUGAACUCCGUUAAACAUCUUAACUGAAGAGAACAUACUGAGCGGGGUUCAGUCUGGUUUUAGCACCACAACUGCAGCACAAUGUUGCUUUUUAUCAUUGAUUUAUCAAAGGCAUUUGAUUCAGUUGACCAUUAAUUGUUGCUAGCUAGACUCGGUAACGGGGCAGUAAACAGUUCCUAAACCAAUAUGUACAUGCUGACAAUCACAAGUCUAGAUUAAUAGAGGUGUGCCCCAGGGUUGCAUUUUAGCUCCUGUGUUGUUCUCAAUGUGUAUUAAUGAUUUGGGAAAUGGGAUGCAACCAGUAAGCUGCAUCUAUAUGUAGAUGAUAGUCAUAUUCAUGUGCACCUUCUCUGGUUCAGGCUGUUGAAGAGCUCCAGACUGCUUUUCAGUCACUAUAGGCCUCCCUUUGUGGUCUCAAACUGGUAUUGAAUGUACAAAAAAACUAAAUUCAUGACCUUUACCAGAGCUAGCACUCAGCCAGAGAAGGAUAGCAUUGUCACAUCUGGUGGCUUAUCCAUUGAAGAAAGUGUCAUCCUACAAAUACCAAGGUAUAUGGUUGGAUGACAUGACCUUUAAAGUUCAUUUGGAUAAUCUUGUGAGGAAGCUUAAAAUUGAAAUUGGGGUUUUAUUUUUGUAAUAAGGCUUGCUUCCCACUUAUGGCCAGAAAGAAGAUUGAUCAGGCCACUUUUCUCUCUGUAAUUGAUUAUGGUGACUUGUUGUAUAUGCAUGCAGCCUCCUCUGUCAUGCAUCCUUACUCUUUAUUACAAAUACCAAGUCACUCACCCACCAUUGCGGGUUUAUAUGUGCAGAAAGCUACAUUUGUAUGUGUUCAUCUACAAAGCAUUUUAACUCUGUAGCCUGGUCUCCUUCACCGCCAGCAGUUACCGGGCCUGCUAGGUGACUGCUACUACAGGUGCAUGGAAUAGUCUACAACCAAUGCUUCAUCUAGAUAUGUUAGGGCCACUGACUUAAUAAAACUAAUAAGGGAGACUGUUACAGGAGUGUAGAUGCUUUUUUUUCCCAUGUUGAAUUGAUGUUUUAAUUCUAAUAUUGUUUGUAGCUGCCUUCUUGUCCAGGUCUCCCUUGAAAAAGAGACUGUGUCUCAAGGGGCUUUUCCUGGUUCAAUAAAGGUUCUUACGUGUGGACUCGUGUAGGUUCUGAGAUGUUGUGUAUGGUCUCUGUUAAAGAUCUAAAUAAAAACAUCCUUCAUGUAACAACCA